CUUCCCACUGAGACUGACUUGAAGAUUCUAGUGAUAUUACAGUGAUCGGCAGUCAUACUAACUGGUUAAUCUGUCCUGUCUUAACAUUGCAGGGAUCGCGAACAGUGUGAGCGAGAGACCAGGAGAGAGAGCCAGAGUGGGUUUCACACUAUAACACACCUAACACAAACAGAUUAGAGCAGAUUAACAUGGAUUACCAGAAACAUGAUUUAGAUCAGAGGUUUAACUAAUGAUUUCAUUUUAAAAAAGUAAUCUGUACAUUUUAUUCCUUCCAUCUUUUUCCUCCUCUACUUUAAGUCGUGAGGAGGAUGCUGUGAGAGGUAGAGGCAGGCCAGAACCUCUUAAUCAGGAAGUAGAAAGUUAAUAACGGGGUGCAGGUCACAGAACGUUAUGGAUUACUAAUACCUCCAGAACCAUAUGCAAACACACAGUGAACUCUUGGACCUGUACGACCCGUCACCCUGAGCAUUACUGUGAGUAAGAUAUGCUGUAUCUGCCCUAAAAUGUGAUCAUAUGGAAAACACUUGUAUGCCAAAGCUAAAUGUAUUCCAAUAAUCUCUCCAUUUGAUGAUAUGUUUUACGGCUGGAUCUGAUAGUAUCUGUAUCAACUCUGUAUGAUCAAAACUCACUGUAGGACUAGAGUGAAAAGUUAGGCGACAGAGAUCUAGAAAGCGUAUCCGAUAGCUCUCUAAGGUUUAUGAUGAAAGGCGGCUAGGGACUAGGGAUCUAUUGACUCCCAUUACUGUUGAAUGGUUAGAGUGAAGAGCCCUAGGGAUCUAUAACAGCAUAAACGUUCAGUCCUGGUUGGACAGACAUGUCCUCCUACCAUCCCUUUCUUUUCUCCUGGUGUGACCCCUCUCUUCUGUUCAUUUGUCCAUUCUGUCCAUCUCUUAUUUUCCAUCCCUCUUUUACCUUGACAGAAUCUUAUCCGACUCUCUCUUUCCCCUUCUCUCUCUAUUCUUGCUUUCCCUUUGUCCCCAUUUACUAAUCUUUUCUCUACAUUGUUUUAUCUUCUCUUGUUUUUUUUACUCUGUUCUUUCUUUUUGAAACUCUCUUUCACUGAUUUCAAUCUAUCACCAGAACUGUCAUUAUCUUCUUCAUCAUCCUCUACAUCACCAACAACAACCUCAUCCUCACAUACUGCCGUUGAUACUUAUAUCCCAUCUUCCUCCGUUUGUCCAUCUCUUUCACCAUCCUCUUCGUCUCCUUCCCCUGUCCUGAGUCUCUACACACUUCCUCUCCUCCUGCCCUAUCCCUCCUUCUUGACCUUCUCUUACCCUCUCCCCUCCUCCCGGUGUGGCCAUGUUGGAGAACAUGUCUCGUCGGUCCCGCUCCCUGCUGUCCCUGACCCUGACCACUCUGGCUCUGGCCCUGUCCAUCCUGGCUCUCUGCACCUCCUACUGGUGUGAAGGGACUCACAAGGUGGUCAAGCCUCUCUGCCUGUCUCCGGUCAAGAUGAGGAACUGUGGGCAGAACAACAGUGAACCCUACACCACAGAGAGCCCUACUCAGAACCCAUACAACAGAACCCUGUCUCCCCAGAGGAGAGAUGAACUGGCUAAGAUCCGCCAGAGACAGCUGGACAAUGCUGUCCACUACAUCUGGGAGACAGGAGAGGACAAGUACACCUUCAGAUACUUCCACACGGGCUUCUGGGAGAGCUGUGAGAAACACGUUGAUGGUGAGAAGUGUCGCAGCUUUAUUGAGCUGACUCCUGGUGAAACACAAGGUGUGUUAUGGCUAUCGGUGAUAUCUGAGUUCACUUACAUCGGUCUAUUGGGAAUGGGCUUUCUGUUGAUGUGGUUGGAGUUGUUGUGUUCCCAUAAGGAGAUACACGCUCUCAAAAUCAAUGCCUAUGCUGCCAUCUGCACAGUACUGUCAGGUCUGAUGGGGAUGGUGGCCCACAUGAUGUACACCACAGUGUUCCAGAUGACUGUCAUCGUUGGCCCUAAAGACUGGAGGCCUCAGACCUGGGACUACGGCUGGUCUUUCGCCCUGGCGUGGAUCUCCUUCAGCUGUUGUAUGGGAGCUGCAGUCUUCACCCUCAACUCUUACACCAAGACCAUCAUCGAGCUGCGCCACAAACAGAGGCUCCGAUUGGAGGAGACCCGCGCCGCCAGCCACGCCCCUCCAUACGAUGAGGUGGUCCCCGGGGGCGGGCUCUACUCUGUCAGUGGCCUAUUGCAGUGCCCAGACGGGAUGAUUGACGUGGCGUGGGCGCCUGACGGGACUGUGAUGGGGGUGGGGAACGGGGAUGUCCCAACUCUUGUGUUGCUAGGAGGAUGUGGGCCAGAGGGCUGUGAGGACUGUGAAAGAGAGAUGGAUGAGAUGGAGGAGGCCAUGGAGAGGGAAAGAGCUGAUUCGCCCUGUUAAUAAGUGAUGGGUGGGGCUAAAGAGAACAGAGGAGGACUAUGGGUAAUGUAGUCACUUUACAGGUACAGUAUAUGCACCUUGAGCUCUCAAGAUGGAAAGACUGAGACAGAGAAAGAGUGAGACAGAGAAAGAGUGAGACAGAGAAAGAGUGAGACAGAGAAAGAGUGAGACAGAGAAAGAGUGAGACAGAGAAAGAGUGAGACAGAGAAAGAGUGAGACAGAGAAAGAGUGAGACAGAACUUGAUGGACAUGGGACACAGGAACUGUGUUGGCUGUAAGAGCUACAGUAUCCCCUCUUUGACAUUGAACAGAGAUCACAUUGACAUACAUGGUUCGGGCUAAUACUCCUCACAUUGUCAUUCAUUAAUCCAAUAGUGCCUAAUGGUAAGGGUUUGUUAUACAGUAUACAGUAUGUAUGUAAAUGUAUCCAUGUUAGAAAUAGUUUUACCAUAAGAAUCCAAUACUUUCUGAACUUUGUAAAACAUGCUUUUCACUUCGUCUGAAUGGGUCCCGUUCUGAAUCUGUAA